AUGGGCGCAUCCCAACAUAUUCGCGCUGGUAAAGUAAGCGACACACCGCUGUUUGCCGCGUCUUUUGGUACGCGUCGGGCUGGUUUCAACAAGGUAUCGCAGUUAUGGUACACGACAGGUAGUCGUGGAAGCUCUCGUGCGAGAGUACGUCCUCUACUACCUUAA